AGCCGGGCGCGCGCCGGACUCAGCCGCCACCGGCACGGCCAGGCCAGCAUGGUGGACCACUUGCUUCCAGUGGACGAGAGCUUCUCGUCACCGAAAUGCCCGGUUGGCUAUCUGGCCGAGAGGCUGGCUGGCGGGCGGGCCUACCACAUGCUGCCCUCUCCCCUCUCUGAGGAUGAUAGCGAUGCCUCCAGCCUGUGCUCCUGCGCCAGCCCUGACUCGCAAGCCCUCUGCUCCUGCUACAGCAGUGGUCCGGGGGCCGAGGGCCAGGACAGCAUCUUGGAUUUCCUACUGUCCCAGGCCACGCUGGGCAAUGGUGGCGGUGGUGGCAGCAUCGGGGCCAGCAGUGGCCCCAUGGCUUGGGGGCCCUGGCGGAGGGCACCGGCCCCUGUGAAGGGGGAACAUUUUUGCUUCCCCGAGUUUCCUGUGGGCGACCCCGAUGACGUCCCAAGACCCUUUCAGCCCACCCUGGAGGAGAUUGAAGAGUUUCUGGAGGAGAACAUGGAGCCGGGGGUUAAGAAGGCUCCAGAGAGCAACAUCAAGGACUUGGAGGCCUGUAGCCAGCUCUCAACUGGGCCACACCGGAACCACCUCCUUCCCGGUUCCGGCGGAAGGGAGCGCUGUGCCCCCACUCCAGGCAGCACCAGCGCAGGCAGCAGCCAGGGCCCAGGUGGGGGGCCCGCACCCGACGGCCCCAUCCCUGUGCUGCUGCAGAUCCAGCCCGUGCAGGUAAAGCAGGAAUCCAGCACAGAGCCCCCGUCCCCUGGCCAGGCCCCGGAGAGCAUCAAGGUGGCCCAGCUCCUGGUCAAUAUCCAGGGGCAGACCUUUGCCCUCGUGCCUCAGGUGGUGCCCUCCUCCAGCCUGAACCUGCCUUCCAAGUUUGUGCGCAUCGCCCCUGUGCCCAUUGCUGCCAAGCCUAUUGGGUCAGGACCCCUGGGACCCGGGCCUGCUGGCCUCCUCAUGGGCCAGAAGUUCCCCAAGAACCCAGCAGCAGAACUCAUCAAAAUGCACAAAUGUACUUUUCCCGGCUGCAGCAAGAUGUACACCAAGAGCAGCCACCUCAAGGCCCACCUGCGCCGGCACACGGGCGAGAAGCCCUUCGCCUGCACUUGGCCGGGCUGCGGCUGGAGGUUCUCCCGCUCGGACGAGCUGUCCCGGCACCGGCGCUCGCACUCGGGCGUGAAGCCGUACCAGUGCCCGGUGUGCGAGAAGAAGUUCGCGCGGAGCGACCACCUCUCCAAGCACAUCAAGGUGCACCGCUUCCCGCGGAGCAGCCGCUCGGUGCGCGCCGUGAACUAAGCCUUCAGCCCGGCCCCCGCCCAGCCACCCCCUUAUUUUGUAGCAAUAAUUUAUUUGCCUUCUUCAGAGGAACGCCACAAUGUUACCAACCCACCUUCUGAAGCCCGGGAGGCACAGAAGAGGGGGGCUGGCCUGGGAGGCGUGAACCCAGAGCCACCCCCCCAACUUGCCGCCUCUCCUGGGACUUAGCGCCGCACCCAAGUCCCUGGGGGCUGGGUCCCCAGGGUCCCGGGCUGGAGGUCGGCCCUCUGGUGCCUUCUGUCUCGUGCCUUCCCUGGCCUCUGCUGCCGUGCCGCUGGGGGCCUAGCCCUUCUCCCGCUGGGCACUCUGCCUGGGCCAAGGCCAGCACUUUACUGCUUGGGAAGAAGAAAUGUGGAGUUUUGGAAUGUCACUUUCCACAGGGAACCAUGCCAGGAAGGAGGAAGUAGGCCGAAAGUCCAGGGCUGCACUGUGGUGUGGGGGUUUCUGCUCAGCUGAGCGCCCCAGGCGGUGGGCAGGGCGGUGGGGAUGGGGCAGUGCAUGUGCUGUAGUUAAACGUGCAGAGCAGACAGAUGCAGGCUCGCCCAGCACCUGCGCCCAGCAUGGCUCACCCUCUCUCCCUGUUUCCAGACAAAUCCAAACACCAGCCUCCAGGGUCACCUUCGGGAGGAGAGGGAAGCAGACUGCGUUGUGUGUGGAAGAGCUAGAUAGAAACUCCCCAUCCUGAUUUAGAAAUGCAUUCCUUAUUUUGUCUAGAAAUUAAUAUCAAAUGAACUAGCUUGUUUUGACAGGUUUAUUUCACAUCCUAUGAAUGUAUGUAAAUAAAAUGUACAUAGGUACAUCUACAUAAAAUAUCUUUUAAUAACAUAUCAACAUUUGUGUACAUUUGAAAUUAAAAAAUCUAUGAAGCUGGUGUACAUAUGUUACAAUUAUGUAUAUUUUCUUUGGUCCUUCAUAAAAAUAUAUUUACUUUGCCAAUAAAAAAGAAAAAAAAGA